AUGCACAAGGAGAUCCCGCACGGAUCCGCCAGAUCAACCAAGAACUGGAAGAACAGGUCGAAUCAGAAACGACCAAGAACCCCCAACGACUCGGAAACACCUCGCGAUGUUGCCCGCCAACAUGCCCAACUGGAAGUCGCCUUUGAAGUCGCUUCAGUCGACGACACCAGCUCUGGAGAGGACUCUGACGAAGAAAUACAGUGGUAUCACUGCUACCAAGACCAGCGCCGAGUCCACUAUAUCAAGAAAGACGAAGCAUGGAAGAAACAGCAAGAAAACGACGAACAAGGAACGGACGAGCAGUCAAAAAACUAG